AUGACUUCAAGAACUCCCUCUCCCGAGUUCUCACCCUUAGCCAUGGGGUUCGAAUUCGCGCCCCUUCCCACCUACAAAGCCGCAACCACCAGCACCGUGAAUUUCUCCGGUCUUCUCGAACCCCCACUAAAGCUCCACGAAGAUCUCUCCAAAGGAUGUGGUGGUCAGCUUUGGCCGGCUGGCAUGGUGCUUGCACAGCACAUGUUGCGGUACCAUAAGGAUUCUUUGAGAAAUGCUAAGAUUCUCGAACUCGGUGCUGGGGGUGGUUUGGUGGGUUUAGCUGUGGCUCUUGCAUGUGAUCUUCAACACCCUUUGAUGCUUUCGGAUAUGGAUGUCAUGUUUGAGCUUAUGAAGAGUAAUAUUUCCCUGAAUGAAAUAGAGUCGAAAGUCGAGCCACUCAUUUUGAAUUGGGGCGAGCCAUUACCUGAUCUAGUAGUGAAGAAUAAACCGGAUAUUAUUCUAGCAGCCGAUUGCGUCUAUUUUGAGCCAGCAUUUCCAUUACUUCUUCAUACCUUGGAAGAACUUCUAAACUUAUCAAAAGAUGCGGUCAUCUAUUUCUGUUUCAAGAAAAGAAGGAGGGCAGACAUGCAUUUUAUGAAGAAUGCAAAGAAGAAGUUCUUGAUUGAGGAGAUCGAAGAUCAGGACAAAGAAACCUUUACAAGAGAGGGAUUGUUCUUGUACACAUUCAAGCGGAAACCAUGA